AUGUCGGCAAUCGAGCUUCCACUUCUCACCUCCGCAAACAACGCCGUGGUUCUCUCCUCUGUCGCCGAAGCUUUGGUUCUUCAAACCGUCAUUGCUACCGGCAAAUCCCUCGCUUACCUUCUCGUUGCGACUGGAUCUCUUCUUACAGAUGUCAAUAAUUUGAUAUCACCAAUGGAUGGAAGGUUUCCUUUAGACCAGCUGUACAAGGGAAACCAUACUUGUGAAGAGAACAAAGAUGGAAGUGAAACAGAGGAUGAUGAUGAUGACGAUGACGAUGAUGAUGUGAAUGACGAGGAUGACGAUGACGACGAUGAGGACUUCUCUGGUGAUGAAGAUGACGAUGAAGCCGACCCUGAGGAUGAUCCUGUGCCUAAUGGUGCAGGAGGAAGUGACGACGAUGACGAUGAUGAGGAUGAAGAUGAUGAUGAUGGUGACGACGAGGAUGAUGAAGACGAGGAUGAAGAUGAAGAGGAUGAAGAUGAAGAGGUGGCGGCUCUUCAACCACCUACUAAGAAGAAGAAAUAA